AUGGCAUUAAAUGCUCAGCAAUCGGUAACUACUAAUCGCAUCGACAACACUAGAUCUGGAUACAAAAAGAAAUUCGAUGUUUGGGUUCCUCACGAGUUGAGUAUUAAGAACAUGAUGGACCGAAUUAACAUUUGCGAUACGCAACGGAAUGAAAUUGAGCCAAUUCUGAAGAGAAUGAUGACUGCUGAUGAAAAAUGGAUCACGUACGACAAUCGAACUCGCAAAAGAUCGUGGAUAAAGGAAGGAGAGAAGGCACAAGCAAUCGCAAAACCUAUUAUAUUGACGAUGAAGAAGGUGAUGUUGUGUGUGUGGAGGAAUUGGAAAGGAAUUCACUAUGAGCUAUUAUCGCCCGAUCAAACAAUUAAUUCCGAACUUUACUGUGAACAACUGGAGAGAUUACAACAAACAAUUGAGAGGAAGCGGCCAGAAUUAAUCAAUAGGGGUGUCGUCUUCUAUCACGAAAAUGCUCGACCACACAUCUUUGAUAACGGCAAAAAUUACGAGAGCUUGGCUGGGAAGUCUCUGCAGAAUUCUCUCAAUGGUAUAAAGCUGGCUUCAAAAGAAGCCUGUGAAAAUCACUUGAAGCAGUUUUUCGACCAGAAACCACAGAAGUUCUAUUGCGAUGAGAUUAUGGCUCUGCCCUAA